UUCUGGCCGGGAUUUAUAGCCGGGAGCGGCCCCGCGGCACCUCCCCACGGCCUCGCUCCCGGGAAGGGAAGAUGUCGGUCUCCAUCCCCCGGCAGCCGCUGCGGAGCAGCUCGGCCGUUCCGGGCCGCUCCUUCUCGUCCCGCUCCUUCACGGCCGCUCCGGCGCUGAGGAUGAGCGCGGCGCCGGCUCUCGGCCCUUACGGGGGGCUCCGCGGCGGCUCCGGGGGGCUCGGGGGACCCUCGUGGGUGCCGGGCGGGGGCAUCACGGCCGUCACCAUCAACCGGAGUCUGCUGGCGCCGCUGGACGUGGCCGUGGAUCCCGAGCUGCAGGAGCUGCGCCGGGAGGAGAAGGAGCAGAUCAAGACGCUCAACGAUAAAUUCGCCGCCUUCAUCGACAAGGUGCGGUUCCUGGAGCAGCAGAACAAACUCCUGGAGACCAAGUGGGGGCUCCUGCGGGCGCAGCCCCCUCCCCGCAGCAGCCUGGGGGGGCUCCUCGAGGGCUACGCGGGGACCCUGCGGCGGCAGCUGGAGGCGCUGGGGCAGGAGCGGCAGCGGCUGCGCGCAGAGCUCGGCCACGUCCGCGGGCUGGUCGAGGAGUUCAAGGCCAAGUAUGAGGAGGAGAUCAACCACCGCACAGAGAAAGAGAACGAGUUCGUGCUGCUCAAAAAGGACGUGGAUGAAGCCUACAUGUCCAAGGUGGAGCUGGAAUCACGCCUGGAGAGCCUGACGGACGAGAUAAACUUCCUGCGGCAGCUCUACGAAGAGGAGCUGCAGGAGCUGCGGGCGCAGGUGUCGGACACGGCCGUGGUGGUGUCCAUGGACAACAGCCGCCAGCUGGACAUGGCCGGGGUGCUGGCGGACGUGCGGGCGCAGUACGAGGACAUCGCCGGCCGCAGCCGCGCCGAGGCCGAAGGCCUCUACCAGGUCAAGUACGAAGAGCUGAAGACAGCAGCUGGGAAGCAGGGGGACGACCUGCGCCAGACCCGCGGCCAGAUCCAGGAGCUGAACCGGCGCAUCCAGCGGAUCCAGGCAGAGAUUGAGGCUCUGAAAAACCAGCGCUCUGGGCUGGAGGCGGCCGUGGCCGAGGCUGAGGAGCGCGGGGAGCUGGCACUGAGGGACGCCAGGGCCAAGCUGACCGACCUGGAGGGGGCCCUGGCCCAGGCCAAGCAGGACCUGGCCCGGCAGCUCCGGGAGUACCAGGAGCUCAUGAACGUCAAGCUGGCCCUGGACAUCGAGAUUGCGACCUACAGGAAGCUGCUGGAGGGCGAGGAGAGCAGGCUGGAGGCUGCUGUGCAGAACCUGAGCAUCCACACCAAGCCUUCGGGGUACCUGGGUGAGUUUGGGGGGGUCCCCGGAACCCCCCGAUUUUGGGUGCCCCCCGUGCCCCUCCUCACAGCUGCUCCCUCUUCCUCACAGGUGGACUCGGGGGAGGUUUUGGGGGGGGAUUUGGGGGGGCCUUUGGGGGGGCCGUGGUCAGCUCAGGGUACUCGGUCGCCCCCGCCCCCCGAGAGCACGGCCCCCCUCAAGUCCCGGGCCAUCGUCAUCAAGAAGAUCGAGACCCGCGACGGGAAGCUCGUGUCCGAGUCCUCCGACGUCCUGGAAAGCUGAGGCGCCUUUCCUGGGGACCCCCCAGGCCUUGGCUUGGCCGGCUGAGCUGAGCCCCCCUCUUUCCUGAGCAAACCCUAAAUCCCGACCUGCCGAGCCCGCCCUGGGCCCCCCUUCCUGGGGUGUCCCCCACGCCCACACAAACCGAACCCCCCUUUCCCACGGGGCUCCUCCACGUUCCCUGAGCCCCCAGGGUGUCCCCCUGAGUCCUGGCCGAGCGAACCCCCUUUCCCGAGGGGGGGUCUCCAUGUCCCGCCCAGCUGAGACCCCUGGGCCUCCCCUUCUCAGGGUGCUCCCCCACAUCCUCCCAAGCUGAACCCCCUUUUCCGAGGUGGGGGGGAGGGUCCCCCAUGUCCUGACAUUCUGAGCCCCCCAGCCCGGUCCCCUCUUUCCUGCCCGGGGGGGUCCCCGCGAGUCCAGGCUGCCUGAUUCCCCUUUCCUGGGGGGUCCUGCCCAUGUCCUGGGGGGAUCUUUGGUGGGGGAUCCCCCUUGUCCAGGCCGGCUGAGCCCAUUCCCUGCCC